UGGCAGUAGUGAGCACAAAACAUGGCUGAAGCUGGGACGGGCUUUUUAGAACAACUCAAAUAGUGCAUCGUCUGAUCUUGGACGUACCACUGGACUGUCUGGUUCUUUGUUAUGCUUUUUCUGGUUUACAUACUAAGAGUGCCAUUAAAAAUCAACAAUAAUUUAACAGCAGACUGAUCGCUAAAAGCAUCUGGGCCAGCCAUGUUCGGCACUGAAUCGUCAUUGAGCAUGUUUCUGAACACGUUGACCCCCAAGUUCUACGUUGCCCUGACCGGGACCUCGUCUUUAAUAUCAGGGCUUAUAUUGAUAUUUGAAUGGUGGUAUUUCCGAAAGUAUGGAACAUCAUUCAUUGAGCAGGUCUCUGUGAGUCACCUUCGCCCUCUGCUGGGUGGAGUAGACAACAGCACUCCAAGCAACCCCAGCACCCCUAAUGGAGACUCUGAUUCAAGCAGACAGAGUGUGUCAGAAUGUAAAGUGUGGAGAAAUCCGUUAAAUUUAUUCAGAGGAGCAGAAUAUAACCGGUACACCUGGGUAACAGGAAGAGAGCCUCUCACAUACUAUGACAUGAAUCUUUCAGCGCAGGAUCAUCAAACGUUCUUUACGUGUGACACCGACCACUUAAGACCACCAGAUGCUAUAAUGCAGAAAGCUUGGAGAGAGAGAAACCCGCAGGCUCGUAUCUCUGCAGCACACGAAGCCUUGGAGCUAAAUGACUGUGCUACUGCAUGCAUUCUCCUGGCUGAAGAAGAAGCCACAACGAUCGUGGAGGCUGAGAAACUAUUUAAACAAGCACUGAAGGCAGGAGAGGGCUGUUACAGACGCAGUCAGCAGCUGCAGCACCAUGGAGCCCAAUAUGAAGCACAGCACAGAAGGGACACAAAUGUACUGGUUUACAUUAAAAGAAGAUUAGCAAUGUGUGCAAGAAAACUCGGAAGAACAAGGGAAGCAGUGAAAAUGUUGAGAGAUUUAAUGAAGGAGUUCCCUCUCCUCAGCAUGUUCAAUAUCCAUGAAAAUCUACUGGAGGCCUUACUGGAGCUGCAGGCCUAUGCUGAUGUACAAGCAGUAUUAGCAAAAUAUGAUGAUAUUAGUUUACCCAAAUCAGCAACAAUAUGCUACACAGCAGCCCUCCUCAAAGCUAGGGCUGUCUCAGACAAAUUCUCUCCAGAGGCUGCGUCCAGACGAGGCCUCAGUACUGCAGAGAUGAAUGCUGUGGAAGCCAUACACAGAGCUGUGGAGUUUAACCCACACGUACCCAAAUACCUCUUAGAAAUGAAAAGUUUAAUACUGCCACCAGAACACAUUUUGAAGAGAGGAGACAGUGAAGCAAUAGCAUACGCAUUCUUUCACUUGCAACACUGGAAACGGGUGGAAGGGGCUUUGAAUCUCUUGCACUGUACCUGGGAAGGAACUUUUCGAAUGAUUCCUUACCCUCUGGAAAAAGGGCACCUCUUCUACCCUUAUCCAAUUUGUACAGAGACAGCUGACAGAGAACUACUACCCUCGUUUCAUGAAGUUUCAGUAUACCCAAAGAAAGAACUGCCUUUCUUCAUCCUGUUCACAGCAGGCUUGUGUUCCUUCACUGCAAUGCUUGCACUCCUCACACACCAGUUCCCAGAACUAAUGGGGGUCUUUGCUAAAGCUUUUCUCAGCACCCUGUUUGCACCAUUAAACUUUGUAAUGGAAAAGGUGGAGAGCAUCCUACCCUCCGGCCUGUGGCACCAGCUGACAAGGAUCUAGGACUCGAAGGGACUGCUGCCACACGACUGCCACAACGUUUGUGCCAAGAUCAUGUGUCUUGUGGACCACAAGAAACCAUGAUGGAAAAAGGCGGGGUGAGGGGAGUGACUGUCGAUUAAAGACUUUGUUUUGUUUGUUUUCAUGUAAACCUGUUUUUGUUGUACAAAAAAGGUGAUGUUAAGUUUUAUUAUAUUUUGCCUUCAGAAAAAAAUGCUCAAAAAGCUAAAAAAAAUAAAUAAAUAAAGAUUUUUGUGUAUUGGAGCAACAGAAGUGUGUGCCUUGUUCAUUAACUGUUAACCAGGUCCUUAAUUUAACCCUUGAAAA